AUGGAGGACACCAGGGGAACACAUCCCUCUGAAUCAACCAAGCAAAGCUCUUAUGAACUCACAGGGACUGAAGCGGUGACAAAGAAGCUGAAGGUGGGAGGUAGGGAGAGGUAUAACACUCCAGCCCCUCAAUCUAGAAAUGUUAGUAAGAACCAACAACAGUACAACAGACAGAAGACGAAGAACCAGAAGUCCCAGAUGAAGAUCGUCCAAAAGAAAAAAGAAAGAGGACAAGGGUAUGCUCCAUCGGCAGCUGCAUGGCAGGCCAUGCAGAAUGGGGGAAAGAACAAGAGCCUUUCUAACAACCCAAAUUGGAAUGCUAGCUUAUCAAGACCGAGCUUGCUUUUUAAGUCUCAAGUUAACCACAACUAUGCUGGAGCCAAAUUUAGUGAACCACCAUCACCAAGUGUUCUUCCCAAGCCACCAAGCCACUGGGUUCCUGUUUCAUUGAACCCUUCAGAUAAGGAAAUAAUGACAUUUCAACUUAAAACCCUACUUAAAGUACAGGUUUAAAAUCUUAAAUUCUGUGAUAUUCAUACGUAGCCAUCAGUUGAUUUGACUUUAGGGAAUUUUUAUAAAAGUUCUAGUUUACAAGUAUAAGCAGACAUUUGAUUUAUGUCCUGUGUGCACUAUAUUAUAAUAGUGUAGGGAUAGUUUAACUAAUUCUACUUGGUAGUUUUGCUAGCUAAAUUCAAGCUUAGAUUUCGCGAACAGUAAUCAGCUUUAUCAUCUAGCAGGAAAACAGGGGAAAAAAAUCAGAUAAUAAGCAUUUAGCUAAGAUAUACAAAGACUCCAAACAAGGUGCAUAGUUCAGUUAAAUGUUCUAGGGACACCCAGACCAUAACAUCAUGGGCAUCUUAUAAAAUAGCUGCAUCUUAAGUUGUACAGUGUAAAUCUGUAAAGGGCAAUUGGAGCUUAUUAGAAUGAGGCCAAGUAGACAGCCUAAAAUUUCUUAAAUCCAGUGGAUAGGCAUUUAUACACCAAAUCUUUUCCAAAAACAAAUAGUGAAUAGCUUUCAAAUAACGUUUUUAUUCACUAGCAUCUUCCACAGCUCCUGAGGUGAUCUGGCCUCGAGCCUACAAAGCUUGCUUGAAGCAGGGAGUUAGUUGUGUGGGUGAAAAUUAAAUACAUAGGGAAGAAAAGAGCCAUGUAAAUAUAUGUAAUGAGUUUGUAGCAUAUGUAAAGUUUUCCUGGCCUUUAUUCUACAAAAAGAGACUUUUUGUAGUGUGAAUUUGCUGAAUAUAAGACCAUGAACCGUUUUUUAUACUAUGGCCUAAUUUUAAAGGUCUCCAGUUUUUAAAAAUUGCCCUUGUGCUUAAGAGCCAGUGCAUCGAUGUAACUGAUGUGAUUGUGACCCAUACAAAGUAAAUUUAUUGUAUUGAGUUUUAAUAAUGAAAGGUUUUAAGCUGUAAUUGCAUUUCCUGUUUUUAAAAAGAGAUGUAAGAUGCAGCAUAAGAUUCUCUCCCUGACCUUUUUAAACCCAAAGACUCAUUUUGGCUUUAUCAAAUCCUGCAAGUAGCUGAUGAUUAAGUGUGACCCAGGAUUAUUUAUGCAAAGUAAUCUUUAGCACGUUUAACCCCAAGAGCAAGUUACUUUUCAGUGCUUAUAAGCAAAGUAGCCAAUUUGUAUUUCCUCAAUUAAGUUCAGAUCAGAUACCGCCCAAAUCAAAUACUGAGUAUCCUAAAGGACAAGUUCAUAAAAUUAUGAUCUGAUUUUGAAGCAUGAAAUUCAGAAAUAAAACUUUUUUCCUCCCCCCCACCCUCCACCCCCAAAAUAAAGAAAGACAUAAAACCGCGUUAAGGAUGGAAGAGUCAAUGCUGCUCAAGGAUGAGGGGAAAUGCAGGUAAGAAAACGUCAGAGGGAGGAAUGAAAAGAGUAUCUUUAGCAGAUCCCUUGCCAAACCCAGGAAGAAUUCCAAGAAAGGGUGAAAGCAAGUGCAGGUAGGAGCAGAAAGACGAAGUCAAGAGAAGCUCAGCAGGUUCAUAACUUCAUUAAGAGCAAGUGGAUCCUAAGAAGUCAGACUGUAGACUACAAACAAUGGCUGAAACCUCAGUUAGAGAAAUACAGUCUAUGGGGCUUGAGGAAAGGACUGGAUUAAAACUGGAGCUCCUUGUGUAUGAAGGAAACCCAUGGCAUGGAUGGCAGCAUGUGCUGAUGUGACCUUAGUGUAAUGCUAGUAUUAGCAGGCAGAAAAUUCUCUCCCUGAUCACACAGGCCUUGUAACACCCCCACUGAGGUCCAUCGGCAAAUGACGUGAGGAUAUCAGUCAAAACGGGACAGCACUGAUGACGUUGCAGUCAGCUGAGUAAA